AUGGCGUCCAGUCACGGAGGUGGUGGUGGUAGGAGUGGAAGAGACGGAGGGAUUGUUGUCUGCGGAGGUGAAACUGGAGAUGGCUUGUUCGAGGUCCCAACCAUGGACGGAGAGGAUUUCAGUGCACAAAUCAGGGUCUUCAAGGCCUGUAAGGGUUUGCUAAUUAAGAACAUAUCAUCUUCAUCAUCAUUGUAUUCAUCUUCUUCAUCAUGGGUCCAUUCAUUUGAACUCCAUUCUCUCAAAUCAGUAAGAAAGAUUUCGACUUUCUCUCCUCUCUGUAUGGGCAGGCGUUCCUGCAAGAUUGCUGGCAGAAAGGGUGCUCAGGAUGCAAAGAAGGCAAAGCUGUAUGCAAAAAUUGGGAAAGAAGUUGUAUCAGCUGUCAAGAAAGGUGGUCCCAGUCCAGUAUCAAAUACGGCUCUUGCAGCUGUACUUGAGAAAGCUAAGGAGCUAGACGUGCCCAAGGAAAUCUUACAGCGCAACAUAAAAAGAGCUUCUGAGAAGGGUCAGGAAGCUUACAUUGAGAAAUUCUACGAGGUCUAUGGUUUUGGUGGAGUGGGUAUAAUAGUUGAGGUCUUAACGGAUAAAAUAAACAGAUCGGUGGCAGCUGUUAGAGAGGUGGUAAAGGACUGUGGUGGGAAAAUGGCAGAUCCAGGAUCCAUUAUAUUUAAGUUCAGCCAUGCUCGGGUUGUAAAUAUAAAAGUCACGGAUGCCGACAGAGACCAGCUCCUUGCCAUUGCUUUAGAUGUUGGUGCUGAUGAUGUCAUUGAACCUCCAAUAUAUGAGGAUGACACCGAAGAAGAUAGGUCUGAAAGAUAUUAUAAAAUUGUGAGUUCAGCAGAGAACUACGCAGCAAUAUUAUCAAAGCUACGCGAUAAAGGAAUAACUUUUGAACCUGAUAAUGGAUUUGAGCUACUUCCGAUAACCCCUAUCGAGGUGGAUGAUGAAGCUAUGGACUUGAACAAGGAACUUAUGUCCAAGUUAAUUGAACUUGAUGAUGUAGAUGCUGUGUAUACAGACCAGCAGUGAGUAAAGUUAGGUUCCGGUCAACUCAGCAUCUAAAUUGAGGUUCUGCUGCUGCUGGACUCCUUCGUUGUAUCUUUGUUAUGCAAAUGAAGCAGAGCGCUUGGUUGGGCAUCUACCUAAUGGCAGCAUUGCUUCUCUGCAACGAAGAUUAAAGUUCCGGUAAAUUCUUUAUUGUCUGAGUAUCAUCUCUUAUAAAGAAAGUGGUUUUUGCCUCCUGAGUUUGUCUAAUUGAUACGACAAUAAAAAUUGAACUUCUUAUCUUUCUUGCCUCCAAUUUUAGUGCUUUUUUUUUAUUCUAGUAGUAUACUCCAUGAAUCUCAAAAUAUACUUGAUUCUGUAUAACUCCAAUCAAUGGAGAAGAUCAUUUUAUUGGUGCAAUUGCAGAAAAGAUUCCUCAUAACAAUUUUUUCUA